UGGACAGUCUCAUUCAAUGUUAGAUGGACAAAGUGCCUCAUGGAACCUCUUGUUUAUUCUACUACUGACCUUAACCUUAAACUGCUUUAGUAAUAAUGAUUUUUUAUGCCACCAGCCUACCAUUUGUGUAAAUGUUAACAGGUGCCAACAUUUUGUUUACAAAUGUUUAUAAACGUUGAACAUGUUGUGUGACACGUGGAUAUGCGAUCAGUACAGAACACAUACUGUAGUAAGUGCACAUACAGUAGUACUACAGGAAUGAGCAAUUGCAUUGGGGACUUUAAGCAAUCGUUCAAUUGUCACUGAUCAUGACUGACCUUGGUCUACCUAAAUACAUCCCACAACACUGCAAAUCAAGGUCUGCCCCAAAGUUCAAGCCCUGAGUACUGAUUAGGCAGACUGUAGUUCAGGGUCCUACGAUGAACCCUUAAACAUAAAGGGAUCCCAAGAGCUCUGUUAUUGACACUGGGACAGGAGAGCUCAAGUUUACCCUAGGGUAUUUCACUGGCCCUGAGUCAGGCCAAGGAACAUAGAGUAUCUUCAGUACAUGUUGAAUGUUUAUUGCAUCUGUUAUUUUUGUUAAAAUAGUGCACAAUUUUAUGAAUCAGAUUUCAAAACGGAACGUGCCUUGAUUUCACUGAAGUUCACUGUCCAUGCACACUACAUAAAAGCGCAGCGGCUUCAAAACGUACAACUCCUUUCGGUCGAGUGAUCUGGCGCGGGUGCUGCCAACCCCAGGAAGUGGGAGCUGCGAGGGCGGAGUCAGGAAGUGCCCGUGGCGGGUGUGCGGGUGUUUACUGAGCAGAGCGCUGCAGAUGUCGUGAAACUUCAUCGAGCAUCGAGGUUUCGGCUGCAACACAAAAAAACAAACAGCAGCGGCCGGGAUGGGGGAAGCGACGUCAUAAAAGGGCCAUGGAAGGGAGCAGUGCUUCUUGGAAGGCAUACUGGGGCAGUCGCUGUCAUGGUUGCUGUGAGUCGAAGCGCAUCAUCAUUUUUAGUUGCAUGCUUAUCCGAGUGAGUUUGCUUCGAGGACAGCGGUGUCCACGCAUGCUGCAGCACGGCUGUGUAUCUGCGAUCUGAAGAUAACAGCAACCCUCUCCCUCCGGACCAGCUGACACCGCCCAGUAACACUGUAAAGCUGCGGCAUGCAUCGUCAUGAAUGUGGGGUGAGGUGGACCAGGGUGCGAGCCUUUAUCAGCCUGUGUUACCAUUUAGCACCUAGGUGGCAGCGCUGCCAUCGCGCAGCAGCAGACUGCCAGUGUGAUGCCCGUUUGUAGGAGGUAAGCACGAAGAGGUCCUAAAAUGUCUCCUGUUAACAAAUUACAAGUUUUGGAAUGCAUGAAAAACAUUAAGAUAACACUGACGGAUGGAUACGAUUUUGCAUUUUACAGAUAACUGUUCAGAUCGCCUCUAAAUGCCCUGCAGUAUUUUUAGGUGAACGACGUUUACAGUGAGAAGGAGUGCAGGAGGAAUCUGGUGAACAGACUGAGAAACAGUGCAGGAGGUGUCUUGUGAACAGACUGAGAAACAGUGCAGGAGGUGUCUUGUGAACAGACUGAGAAACUGCAGGAGGAAUCUGGUGAACAGACUGAGAAACUGCAGGAGGAAUCUGGUGAACAGACUGAGAAACUGCAGGAGGAAUCUGGUGAACAGACUGAGAAACAGUGCAGGAGGAAUCUGGUGAACAGACUGAGAAACAGUGCAGAAGGAAUCUGGUGAACAGGCUGAGAAACCGUGCAGAAGGUGUCUUGUGAACAGACUGAGAAACAGUGCAGGAGGUGUCUCGUGAACAGACUGAGAAACAGUGCAGGAGGUGUCUGGUGAACAGACUGAGAAACCGUGCAGGAGGUGUCUUGUGAACAGACUGAGAAACCGUGCAGGAGGAAUCUGGUGAAAAGUGAAAGUAACUGUGAUUUAGGACCCAGAAGCACAGAGAAACGCCCAGGUUGACGGAUGGGCAGGGCAGGAGUAGGGCUGUGUCCGCAUUCUUUGCUGCUGGAGAGCACACUGACUUGUUGAAGGCAGUGGAGUGGGGCUGCACCGGUUAUAUUCAAACUUUCCUCUUUCGUGCUGGAGAAUACAGGCAGAAAUACAGAGGCCAGCGGCCCUAGGACCUCCAACUCUUCCUCUAACAGUAGUUGCAGGCUUGGCUGAAAUGAAACUCCGAAUCAUUAAGGCAGCAGCUAACAAAGCCCUGAGUUUGGAAGUGUUCCCUACUGAAAAAUGAUGGGAUGAACUUACCAGCAGUGUGAAGAAGAGCCACUGGCACUCACAAGUUCUGUGGUCAGGACUGUGUUGGCAGCAAUAGAGAGCAACACACAACUCAACAUGAGCUGACCGCUGACUAUGAGCUCCUGGACUCCAGUGACCUGCCGGUGCUGCGAUUCGGCUACCGUUCAGCCUUUGGUGGUCAUAGAGUUGGCAGAGAAUGUCCAACCUGCCACCAAACAAUGGAUCAUCUCCAAGAUUGAGUCUCACGCAAAGGACGGAGGAGCUCAGCUGCUGGCUCACCCUGGCGAGGAUGAUGAUGGAGACAUGAUCCUGGUCUCAGCCCCUCGCUGUACGCUGCUCCAGGCGGCGGAGUAUCUGGGCCUGGCCAAGCGCUACAAUGAUGGCAGCAUGAUGAUCUUCUCCUACAAGGACAGAGCUAACUUCAUGAGUGCAGAUGACGUGGAAGAGUUCCUGACCCUGGCAGAAAAGCAGUACAUCGUUAAGUAUGAGCUGAAUUCGGUCAAAGCACCUCAGGCCGAUUCCAUACCAGGUGUUCCGGUUAAGAAAGGAACUUUGCGUCCCAGACAAACAAUAUUUCAGAAGCUGGAGAAAAUAGGAGUCAUAAAGCAAAUGUACCCACUUCACGAGAAGCAGAAGCUGGAUGCCUUGGCGAAGGCCUGGUACUCCAACAGCCGGUACUGGGGCCAGCCACUGGAUUCCAUCCAGUCUUAUUUUGGUGGGCCGGUGGCGUUUUAUUUCAGCUUCCUUGAUUUUUACAUCCUCUGCCUGCUGCCCCCUGCGGUCAUUGGACUAGUCCUGUUUCUUUUGCCCUGGGAGUCCAUGAACGGCUACAUCCUGCUGGCGGUUUUCAACAUGCUGUGGUCCACCGUGGUCCUGGAGUACUGGAAGCGCCGGGGCUCUGGACUGGCUCACCGAUGGGGGACGCUGUACCUUACCACCCAUUUCAGCGAGCCACGCCCCAGUUACUGGGGCACCCUGGGACACAACCCAGUGACGGGGCGCCUGGAGCCCUAUUACCCCAGCUGGAGGCGCAAGCUGCGGAUCUGGCUGGGGUCGGUCCCGGUCGUGUGCUCCUUCCUGCUGCUGGUGGUGGCAGGAAUGGUGGGGUUCUACAAAUUCGAAGCUCUUGUGAGUGACUUUCACCGCAAGCACGGCUCCGUUCUCACAUCGCCCCUGCUCUACCUGCCCUCAAUCACACACAUUUUCUAUGUGAACGUACUGGGCAUGAUCUACAGGACUGUGGCACUGAUGUUGACUGAAUGGGAGAAUCAUAGAGUGGAGUCUUCAUUUCAGAACCAUCAUACUGUCAAAGUGCUGGUGUUCAGCUUCUUCAACUGCUUUGCAGUUUUGUUCCACAUCGCCUUCUUCAGGCAGGACCUGCAGCUCCUCCGGAAGAGGCUGGCCUCCCUGCUGAUCGUCUCUCAGAUAUUAAACCAGUGCACUGAGGUGCUUGUGCCCUACGUCACCGACAAGCUGUUUGCCGGCCAGGGCAAGAAGCUCAGUGAGGAUGAUCCCCUGGUGGACCGCCUGCGAGCGCAGGGCUCCCUGCCCGCCUUUCCCGGGCUGUUUGGCGAGUACAUCGAGCUCUUCGUGCAGUUUGGCUACCUGAGCCUGUUCUCCUGCGUCUACCCUCUCACAGCCAUCCUGCUGCUGCUGAACAACAUCACUGAGAUUCGCACUGAUGCCUUGAAGAUCUGCAGGCUGUUUCGCAAGCCUUUUGCAGAGCCUGUAACCAGCAUUGGAGUCUGGCAGGGAGCCUUCGAGGUCCUGGGCUUCGUCUCUGUGAUAUCAAACUGCUGCCUCAUCCUCCUGUCCACUCCUGUCCAGGGGUACUGCCAGGAAAGUGGCAUCAGUAUGGGCAAAGCUCUACUGGUCACCAUAUUCCUAGAGCACUGCCUGAUUGCUCUGAAGAUGAUCAUAGCGUUCGUCAUCCCUGAUGAGCCUUCUUGGGUGAGGACAGAGAAGGCCAAAAUGGAGUACAACUCCCUCCAAGCACUGACGCAUCAGACGCUGUAGGUGGAGCACGAGCGACUUCAGCUGGUUGUGGUAUUCCUGUUGGGGUUCGACGAGAACAGGGGUUGCCCAGACGCACUGAGCGGAGCACAUUCAAGUCACAGGCUGCUCGCUGAAGGUGUCGAUUUCUGGUUUCCCAGGACGUAAACCAGAUUUUUCAAAGAGGAAGCCGCUGUUCACAAUGUGUCUCUGUGUCCACUUCUCUUGAAGUCUGUAGGCAUUUGUGUUGACCUACUUUUAUUUGACAAUUACGGGAAGACAGUGCCUUCGCAAAAGCCAGGAAAUAAGACUAGAAACAUUUUACAGUCACUGCUUUUUUAAGAUGACUUUUUUUGAUGGAUAAGCACUCUGAAAGAGUGUGAGGGGGUGGACGUGAUGCAUCUGUUGUGCACUUUUGCAUGAAGGAUUUUCAUGGGUGAACAUGUGCUUCCUUGUACUAAUGGGCAGCAACAGUAUUAAUAUUAAGAAAAGUAAUGCAAGUAUAAAAGAGGAGCAGACAAAUUUUAGUGAGAAAUUUGUCAUACAAAUACUUUACAAAAUCUUGGGAAUUGG